AGAUAAUAGAAAUAAGUAGCAAAAACACAAAAUGGACAGAGAAACUCGACGAGCAAAUUUUCAAAAACUCCAAACCGCGAACUCCAAGCAGCGCUCCAGGAAAGCAAGCAGCGUGCCCCUGACUUUGUCCAAGUACUUCGAUCAAGCUGAGAGCUCAAGCAAUGCUGCAGCAGCUCAGUCCGAGGAGCAGGAGCAACUCUUUGCCGAGCCCAGUAGGAAGAAGACGCGUGCCAGCCGUCAGGAUGCGCCCACUGCUGUGCCCAAGCCCAAGAAGGCGCCCAAGCUGAGAAGUGCGACAACUCAGAAAAGAGCUCGCGGAGGCGGACGGAGUAAGCAGCCCACCAUAAGCGACUUCCUGCGCAACGAACAGCUCUUCUCGGAGGUGACGGCACAGCAUUGCAUGGCCGACAACUUUAGUCCCGAUGACAUUGAAAUGGCGCUGGCCUUGUCCAAAUCGGAGGCAGAGAAGCAUGGAAGACUUCGACUACAGGACACGGAGGACGAGCGGGAGGAAGUGGUUAACCUAAUUGAAGAUGCAGCGAAUCAGUCAACGGAUAAUAUAAGGCGCAAGCUGCAAAAAUACGGCUUUCGCACAGCUGCCAAGGAGGAAUACAAUGUGCUCACGUUUGCUGCCGUGCCCAAGCGGGGCAAACGCUGCAAAUGGGCAAACAAAUUUACGCCUCUCACUUUACGCGAUCCGGAGGAGCAGUUGAAGAAGUUGCGGGCCAAGGUGGAUGCGCUAAUGAAGCAACAGGUGCGCACAAAGCUACCGAGCCCAGAGCUGCAAUUGCCAUUCGAGCUGAUCAGCAAGUAUCUGCAGCGAUUGCAAGUCAAAGCGGAGCAACGCAUCAUCCAUGAGCCAAGCGAGGAACCUCUCACAAAUCUGCCUGCAUACUAUGUACAGGACCUAAUGGAAGUCAGUCGUACACCUGCGCAUCAUUUGCUAAAGAGCUGGGAGGCCAUACCUGGCCGGGAUCUAUCGCCGAAGCGGGAAAGCGCCGCGGGCCAGCGCAGAAGGCAACAAUUGGAGCAGGUCUACAAAGAGCUGGAGGAGCAUUUUGGUGCGGCUGCUGAGCAGCGGGAGUUGGAUGACCUGGAAAAACUGGUGGUGGACAAUAUGAUUCACGAUACUAGUCAGCCUGCUGAGCAGGAUGAGACCUUAAAAACUGAAGUCAUCAUUGAAGUCGAGCAGGAGCAGAGCGGGGUGGCUGAGGAGCAAGUGCAUAUCACAUUAAGCGCUGCGAGUCCUUUAAAGGAGCCGCCGGAUAAACGAGCCCGAAUGACGCCACAAGUUGAGGAGCUGAGUAACGAUAAGGAGAACAGGCAGCCCAGCUGCUCAUCAGCUCUGCUCACUUUGCCCACGCAGAGCACGCGCUGCACUUCACCCGAUCUCUUUGCGGACUCGGAUGAUGAGGAGGAGGAGUCGGCCCCAGGCAGCGCAGCUAUCGAGAUGCAAAACUUUUCAUUGAAGGUCUACAAGAAUAUAAGCACCACCGACAUGAAUAGCUACGAAGUCUACUCCAGUGACGAAGUGAAGACUGUAAAACAUGUUGAAGCGGAGCCUGAAACUGUGGAAGAAAAUUUUGUGGACUUGACACAGAAGUCAGAUUCAUCGGAUGCCGCCAUGGAAUCCCACUCCAGUAAAUCUCUUUUCGAGCAGCACAUUUUUCCACCAAAUCCCAUCAUAGACUUCGAUGAUGAUGUUGAAUUGAGUGAGCAGCCGGAGCCCUGUGAGAUCUCUGAGGAGCUGUAUGCCAAAUAUGCGAGCCAGUCGAGACAGCCGAAGGCUGACUCAACGGAUCAUUCCUUGAAAAUAAAUUCCCCUGCAGCGUCGCUUGCUGCUUCAGACUCAACACUCAGUUUUAGUCAGCUGGAGAACACAAAGCUAGCCUUCAGCUUGACGCAAUCGUCCGGACAGCUGGAGGCCAGCUUCAAGAGUCCCUUAAGCCGUCGGAGCACCUCCUUUAUAGAUAAUCCCAUCUCGCCAUUUACAACUCCGCUGAGUCACUCGAAUGCAAGCAUUGAUUUAACACAAGACAGCGGCGAUGAUGAUGACAAUGAUAAGGAUGAUGAUGAUGAUGGUGGAGUGCUGCUCUCUGAUGAUGAAAUCAACUAUUCGAUUUGGAAGGCAGACAAAGCAGCAGAUCGGCAGUCAAGCAGUGAGAGCACCGACGAUGACAGCCCUCCCAGCCCGCCUUUGAAAAAGACGCAAAGUGUGCCGUUCUUUAGGACUAUGGAUGACCUGGAUGCCUAUUUGGAUGGCUGCAUAGAGACAUCCAGCAAAUCGCGCUCCCCUAAUAAGAGCGCUCUGAGCAAAGAACGCGCCGAGUUUGGCAUCAUGGAUGCAGCCAUCUCUCAGCCCAUUACUGACUCAGUGCAGGCACCCCUUGACGACUGGACGGAUGCAUCCUUUCUGGACACGCCGCCGGAGUCGCGCAUAAAGCCUCACUCCAGCAGCAGCACCAAUAAAUUUAAGGAGCUGCUCAAUGAAGUCGCGGAAUCGGCAGAUGAUUUCGAUGAAUUCGAUCGCUUGGUGUUUCAGAAAGACGAUCAGGAUGUCAGCAAUGAUGUGCCCAGGGGCCUGGAUCGGCUGCUGUUAGGCGAGAUCAACACAGAGACCUUAACCGAGCCUGCCCAAUCUACUGAACCAGCCACACCAGCUGCUCCUGAUCAACUGGAGGUAAAUGGUCAGGUGUACAGUGUGCGCGUCUGCCAGUCACCUAAGCCGGAUUUUGUGCUCAUGACCGAGUCGGAGCUGCUUCAGCAGCUGUACAAGUAUGGCAUAAAGCCACUGAAACGCAAACAGGCCGUCAAAUUGCUGGAAUAUAUCUAUAACCAGACUCAUCCUAUUAUGCUGCCUCUAGAAGAGGAGCCGCAGCAGGUGCCACUGCCCCGCUCCAAAUCUACGCCGCUGACUGGCGGCAAGGGGGGCAAGUCUGGCCACGCCCGACUGCUCCAAGCAGCCAGCACUGAUUGCCUCACACCCACCGACGCUGACUUCCAGCCCAGUCUCAAGUUUCGAGAUGCCUGCGGAACGGAGCUGUUGCGCUUCUCCCAGACUAUGCCGCCGGCGCUCUGCGAUGAAUUCGAGUACUAUAUACUGCAGACGAAUGUCACCAAGAAGACGCCACAGCCGCUGCUGCCUCUGCACAUAGCCUGGCACAAUCUGCUCUGCGCCAAUCCCAGCCUGCAUGAAAGUGUACUCAUGUACGAGCCCAUCGACUUGCAGGAGAUCUAUCUAUAUUUCAAGCAGCUGGGCCAUCGCUACGAGCCCAAGGAUCUCAAGAGUUCCUUUGACAGGCGCUGCAUCAUCUUCCGCUAUGAGCUGGCGCCGCCCAGCAAACAGACUCAACGGCAUAUUCGAAAGCCCAAGUCCAAGAAGCCCAGCGGAAAAUCCUAGAAAUCUUUUCUGUGUCCUUAGAUAUAAUAUAG